GGGUAAAGGUGGACUGCUUAGUCUCGUUGUGUCUGUCAUCUGUGCGCCGCCAUUCAAUUCACCUGCUUCUUUGAAGGAAUUGGUGACGAACUCGUUUGAUUUCCAAUAUGUCCAUCAGCCGGAAGAACUGGUCGGCUUUAUCCAGCCUGGCACGCCAGUGGACGAUGGAGGAUGAGGAGGAGGCAGAGCGGGAGAGGAGGCGGAGGGGGAAGAGCAGCAGCACUGCUGAGCCAGAUGUUGACUCCAGCCCUGAACCCAGAAACCAGUCCUCUGCCAGUGACGGUGUGUCUGGGACGGACUCCUCUAAUGGGUCGCAGGACAUCAGCAGUGUGCAACAGAUGCAGCUGGACUUUGUGGAGAUGUUGCGAGUGCGCGAUGAAAAGCGGAGGAUGCGUCACGUGGAGAUACUGCGACAGCAGAAAGAGGAGGACGAUGCUGAGGGAAGCGGGAGAGGAGGAAGAGGAGGAGACGAGGGGGAUGUCAGGCUGGCUCUUCUUGGGGAGCUGAACGAGGAGGACAGUGUGUUCAAGCCACAACCACCUUUGAAAACUGCCAGUAGCAAAGCUCAAACCACUGUGGAAAGCAGACAGCAUGAAAACAGAGUGUCACACCGGCCCCCCGAUCCUGAUGUCAUACCAGCAUCAAGCUCAUCUCGAAAGUUUGUCAGUUCUGUAUCCAUCUCACUAGACAACUCAUCUCCUUCUGCCAGCGGGCAGACAACUCCCACAAAUCCCUCCUCCCCAGUAGGCCGAUCGUCGCUUCAGGAUCACUGGAGUCCCUCACUGCGAGAAAGCCAAAGCCCCGUUCAGAAUGGCCACACGCUGGAGACCAGCCCACAUGACCCUUCCUCCAAAGGAAACUCAGAACAGACAGCUAAACCUCCUUUCGUCAGACAGAGCUCCAGGACUUUAUCUUUUAGGAUGAUGAGGAAAAAAGAAGAGGAGAAAUCGCCUCUGCAGCGGAGCUCAAGCGUCAGAAUUGUCUCCAAGAAGUUUGAGUCCAGCAAGGCAGAUUUCAAGGAGCAAAACGACAAUGAGGACAAAGCGUCUUUUCAGAGAAAUUCAAGGCAGAGGAUUUCCUCCAGAUCUAUCAAGGAGAAGAUGGAGCGGCUGGCUCAGGCUGCACAGAAAUCAGAGAUGACUCGCUCUCCAGAUGUGACCCAGAGGACUCUGUUCCUGCUAGAAGAAGUCUCAAGGAAGAGAACCCUGUUUGAAAAAGACGAGCCGGCACAGAGCGUCACCAGUCCUGGAGCUUCCAGAAAAGAGUUUCAAAGUUUCACGUCAGGAAUGUCAGAACGGAUUAAUCGCUUUGUUAAGACCAACCAAUCUGGGUCCUCACUCAGUCCUGACUUGAGACAUGUGGACAUCAGCAGUAAGAGAAGCCUGUUUGAGAACAGAGGAGAGGACGGUGUCCCAAAGACCAGCCCCGGAAAAACCUACAAAUGAAGGUUUUCAAUGCUCAACAAAAAAGGUGGAGAUAUGGACACCUAACGGAUGACACGACUGACCUUCUUAGUUUUUUUCUGCCAAAGCACAAAAGGGAAAUAUGUGGAGUGCAGCUUUAACGGAAGCAUCUUUCACAGUUAGAGGGCCUUCAUUGUAUACUUUUGCUCAUCUUUUUCCAGUUUGAAUUGUUUUACGUGCUGAAUGUGUAACAGAAAGCUAUCUAACAGGUUAUUAAACGAGUGAAAAUGAAAGUGGUUACCAAACACUAGAGAAAAAUGGUUUGACUUUUACUUUCCAGACAAUUUCAGCUGGUAAAAGGUCUCAGGAUAUUAUCGCACGUUCUCAUUUUCUAAUCUGCCGAAAUGCAAACUCUCUCAUCUGUACUUUUGUACAAAAUCUGCUUUUCUGAAGAAUAAAAGUGUUUUGCUACUAAA